CGUAAUCAUGAGACUGUCAAGCUUACUGUUUAUCAGUCUCUUGUUAAGACUGAGCAACAGCCAAGAACCUUGGGACUGCGGACCCCCUUGCAAGUGUAAAUGGGUCUCAGGAAAAAAAACUGCGGACUGUACGCAGCAGAAUUUUACGCACAUCCCGAGCUACUUGUUACCCGACACUCAAAACCUGGACCUGACUCAAAACCACAUAAGCCACGUUCAAGAGGGUGCAUUCACCCGGGUGGGUCUGGUAAAUCUUCACAAGCUAGUAAUGCGUCAUUGCGGAAUCCAUACGAUACACUCCGGAGCAUUCAACGGAUUAAAAAUAGUAAUCGAGGUUGAUUUAUCAGGCAAUCAUAUAACGAAUUUGAUGCCAGGAACAUUUCUCGAGACUCAGAAACUGCGCGUACUUUUGCUUAAUCACAAUUCCCUUAAGUCACUCGACGACGGUCUGUUCCACGACCUGGAGCAUUUGCAGCGCGUAGAAAUAUCGCAAAAUCGUCUGGAACGUAUUGCAGAAAACACAUUUAAAAAUCUCCCGGGACUGCUAACUCUUGCGCUUAAUGACAAUAAUAUAACGAGCGUUAAGCUCGCGACCUUUGAAAACCUACCUAAAUUGGGUAGUCUUGAAUUACGGAACAACCCUUGGCACUGUAAUUGUCAUUUGAAGAAAUUUCGUAAUUGGACACUGGAGCGUAAGUUGUACACAAAAGGGACAACUUGUUUUCUUCCUGAAGCGCUAGCGGGUAAAGGGUGGGACGAAGUUGAUUCUGAUGAAUUCGCUUGUCGGCCAAAAAUACUUUCAAUAGGCGCGUACCCACAAAUCGGGGUUGGAGACACGGUUACAAUGUGGUGCCAUGCCUUAGGAAUACCAAGGCCUCAAUUGUCCUGGGUCCAUCGGUCACGUGUUUUAAAUAAUUCAACGAAGCGACAGACCAGCGAUCGCGGGUACUAUUUGCUGGAGGGCCACGAUUGGUUGAACUUAACGAUAACAGACGUGAUUCCCUACGACAAGGGCGAGUAUAUUUGUAUCGCUAAGAGUCCUGGAGGAAGUGUCGAGAGAAAUCUCACCCUGGCUAUUGCGGGUGAUGUUGACAGCGGGAAAACGAGCUUAAUUAGCUUACCGUUGGCGCUGGGGCUCGGUGUCACGCUGCUGAUAUUUUUAUUGUUCUUCUUAACUGUCUGUACGUGGUACUGGCGGAGGAAGAAGAGACACGAGGGCGAAAAGAGUGCCGAUGUCACGUCUUUGGAGCAUCACGGCUUGGGGGAACAAGAGAAAUCACUCAUUACUGCGAUUAAUCCUGUUGUUAAACCGCCCAGGAGGUACGAAGCUCCCUCGGUUACGUCUCAUGGCACUGAGAUGACUGAGCUUAAUCGCACGCUGCUUGACAACGAUUCUGUUUUCGCUGAUGGCGUGGGAAGCAUAAUCGGUGUGAUGGGAGGUAUGCUAGACGAUCGAUCCCGCGCGACUCCUGAGCCUCAUAUCGAUAGCUCAACACUAUUACGCGGAGCUUCUUACCGUCAUUACCCCCCGGACUUGCUGGCGUUUUCCGGCGGCCGGGGUGCAUCUCCAACAAGCCAAUCGUCAACCCUCCCCGACACGCGUUCAUCAACACACUACCAGCAUCAAUCGCACCCCCAGCAGUCUCCGUCCCAGCAGCAAUCACCACGAGGAUUUUCGCCCUCAUCGGGGCAGUAUCCCGCAGCAUUUAAGACUCUUCCGCACAAUUUAAACCGUCAAAUGGGAGUCUACUCUCCAGUGCACCCAGUAAUGCCUCGGCAUGGUUACGUGACGAUUCCCCGGCGCCCUAGAGCACCUAGCUGGAGCAGCGGACCCCCUAGCUCUCCAGUAGAUCACCUGGAGCCAGUUUACGACAAUUUGGGCGCGCGAACCACCGCUGACGGAAGCUCGGUGCUUUCUUUGAACAAAAUUAACAAAAGUCCCGAGCCUGUUUCGUCGAUGAGGAUGCGACCGCUGCCCAGUACUCCAACGUCAUCAUCAGCGAAGCCUCAGGCUUCAACACCGACUCCAGCUCCAGCUUUAAGUCCCUUAUCACCCCCGCGAUCCACUCCAACCCCACCGGGAUCAACUCCAACAAGCUUGCCGCAAACUUCCGCGCGCUUCCACUCCAUCCAGCGCAGCACCCCCAACAUUUUCAACAGCUCGGGUCAUCCCUUGGACAGAUCAGCGCCCGAGGGCGCUCCGGAAUGGUUCGCUAAGCUUCCAGAUGAAAUGGAGAAACGCGGGAGAAGAGAAUCUUCUUCUCCGCUGACCAUCUCGCCUGGGCAGACUCCUACUACUCCCUCGUCUUCCUCCCCCAAUACUUCCAGCACGCUGGGCAGGAAAAUUCCUCCCAGGCCGCCACCCAAGCCCAAGAAGAAAUCCAACAACGGACCUCUCUAUGAAGACGAGGGCGAAGAUGGGACAGAAGUC